GAAAUUGAGGGCAGCUGCCAGUGUCCUUUUGCUCAAAUUGGCAAUGGGGACAUCUGUAAAUGUGAAGAUACAGAAAUGCCGCUGCCCAAGAGCCCAGCAGAGGACUCAACCAAGCCCCUGUGCUCUCUGAGGUUUGAAAAUGGGGUUGAGGAUGACAGUGAAGGACAAGACGACGAGGAUGGGGUUGUGGAUGAUCUCUCAGCAGAGGGUAACCUAGAUGCCUUCAGCUCCACAUUUGAGCUCUCUGUAGAAGAAGCGGAUGCAGAAGUAGAGGACGAGGAAGAAAAAGAGGAAGGGGAAGGAACAGGGGUGACCCUAAACCAAGACAGUUUCAGCUCCACGUUUGAACGUAUUGUUGAGCAGGUUGCCAAGACAGAUGCUGUUGAGGAGGAAGAGGAUGAAGGGGAGGAAGACUACGACAGGACAAAAGAGAGCCAGGAUGGUUUUAGUUCCACAUUCGAGCGUAUUGUCGAGUCAGAGCUUCUGAGAUGUGGGACUUGCUAUAGCAGUCUGGAUUCUCUGGAUGUACUGUCGCUUACAGACGAAACGGACAGCUGCGUUAGCUUUGAGGCGCCGCUCACGCCUCUUAUCCAGCAGAGGGCCCUAAUGGGCCCUGAACCUCCAGAACUGGAGCUGGAGACAGUACAGGAAGGGGCUGAGAACCAGGAGGGGGAGGCUGAGCUGGGGAUGGAUCCAACAAGGGAGGGACUCAUGGAAGGAGCCAGCUCUGGAAGUCCGCUACGGACCACUAUACCAGGAAGCAGGUCAGAAAAUGUCCUGAGCCAGCCAACACAAUGGAUCAUCCCUAAUGGAUUCCACAUUGAGCUGCCCGGGAAUGGAGAGAGUGGGGGCCAAACUAUGCCAAACUCUAUCAGUGAUGCCAGCCUCACAGAUGUGCUGUGCGACUCAGACUCAGAGCUGGGCAGCGUGGACACACUGGAGAGGGGCAGCACAGAUACUCUUACCAAUGGUUGCCGCGUCGACGCGGAUGCUGCCAAACGACUGGCUAAGCGGCUGUUUUACCUGGAGGGCUUCAAGCGCUGUGACGUGGCACGACACCUGGGCAAGAAUAAUGAAUUCAGCCAGUCGGUGGCAUCAGAGUACCUGAGCUUCUUUGACUUCACAGGGUUGUCCUUAGACAGAGCGCUGAGGAACUUCCUGAAGGCGUUUCCUCUGAUGGGAGAGACACAGGAGAGAGAACGUGUGCUGGUGCACUUCUCCAAACGCUUCUGCCACUGUAAUCCAGAGGCUCUCACAUCAGAGGAUGGAGCUCAUACACUCACCUGUGCACUUAUGCUUCUUAACACAGACCUGCAUGGACACAACAUCGGGAAGAAGAUGUCAUGUCAGCAGUUCAUUAGCAAUCUGGAUGGCCUCAAUGAUGGCAAAGAUUUUCCCAAAGAAUUACUCAAGGUGCUCUAUAACUCAAUAAAGAACGAAAAGCUGGAGUGGGCGAUCGAGGAAGAGGAGUUGAGGAAGAGCCUGUCAGAGCUGGUGGAUGGGCAGUGCGAGGUGGGGGGGAAACGUGUUGUCAGGGUAACGGAUGGCAGUAACCCUUUCAUAGCCAUUCCACUGGUACUCAAUGCUGCAACGUACAAACAUGGGGUUCUGACACGCAAAAGCCACGCAGACAUGGAUGGCAGACGCACCCCGAGAGGACGCAGAGGCUGGAAGAAGUUUUAUGCUGUGCUGAAGGGGAUGAUUCUCUACCUGCAGAAAGAUGAAUAUAAGCCUGAUAAAGAUCUGUCAGAGGUGGAUCUGAAGAAUGCAGUCCGGGUUCAUCAUGCACUGGCUACAAGAGCAUGUGACUACAGCAAGAGAGCCAACGUCCUGAAACUGAAGACUUCAGACUGGAGGGUGUUCCUCCUGCAGGCCCCGAGUGAGGAGGAGAUGAUGUCGUGGAUUUUCCGAAUUAAUCUGGUGGCGGCUCUCUUCUCGGCUCCGGCUUUUCCCGCUGCCAUCGGCUCCAUGAAGAAAUUCUGCAGACCAUUGCUGCCUUCAUCCACAACUAGACUCAACCAGAUUUUGUAGCGCCUCUAGUGUUCAUUUCACCAGGACACUGCUGCCAUACAUACAACUAGGCAUGUCAAAUUUUGCAGCAACUGCCUCUGAUUGAUUGGUCUCUGUGAUUGGUGCAGGAGGAGCAACUGAAGUCC